CGCUUUUUCGUAACCAGAAAGCGUCUCAAACUUAGUUUUGGACCUAGUAUUUGGGAACUGUAAACGUGGAAGUGUUCUGAGCAAGAAAAGAGAGACGGAAAACAGAGUCUGAAUAGAAGUUUCAUGGCAGCCUAAUAUUCUUUCAAAGCCCCAGUAAACGUACUAUAAACGCACUUUCCUCAAUGUCAGGGCAUUGUUGCUUAUAAAAAAAGCUGAGAGAAAUGUGGGUUUUUCUGUUCUCCUGAAUAAAAACAGAGCAGUUUGGAAGUGAGGGGUAGUUGUAAAAGAGGAAACGAUGAAAGAAAGAAGGCUCUGUGAAGAGUUUUCACCUGGGUAUUAUGGGAUUUGUACUGUUGGAGGAAUGCUUAGUGCUGGGACUACUCAUCUUGCUGUUACACCUCUUGAUGUCUUGAAAGUAAAUAUGCAGGUGAAUCCGAUCAAGUAUAGCAGCAUUUCAUCAGGAUUCUCGGCACUUUGGAAAGAGCAGGGGCCAUCUUCUCUUUGGAGAGGUUGGUCUGGCAAGUUCUUUGGAUAUGGUGUUCAAGGCGGGUGCAAAUUUGGACUUUAUGAAUACUUUAAGGGGCUUUACUCAAAUGUUUUGGUAGAUCAAAACAGGACUUUCAUAUUCUUUCUCAGCAGUGCAUCAGCACAAGUAUUUGCUGAUGUGGCUCUCUGCCCUUUCGAAGCCAUAAAAGUUCGUGUUCAGACGCAGCCCAAUUUUGCCAAGGGUUUGGUUGACGGAUUUCCAAAACUUUAUAAAACUGAAGGGCUUGCUGGCUUCUACAAGGGACUUUGUCCACUUUGGGGCCGCAAUCUUCCAUUCUCUAUGAUAAUGUUCUCAACGUUUGAGCAUUCAGUGGACUUUGUAUAUAGAAGUAUCAUUCAAAAGAGAAAAGAAGAUUGUUCCAGAGCUCAACAACUUGGUGUCACAUGCCUAGCAGGGUAUGCAGCGGGAGCAGUUGGUACCGUAGUCUCUAACCCAGCUGAUGUCAUAGUUUCUUCUCUUUACAACAAAAAGGCUGAAAAUGUUUUGCAGGCUGUUAAAAAAAUUGGGCUUUUUAAUCUUUUUACAAGAAGUCUUCCUGUUCGCAUCACACUUGUGGGACCUGUUGUUACUCUGCAAUGGUUCUUUUAUGACACCAUCAAAGUGCUGUGUGGACUGCCUACUAGUGGAGGACUUAACAGACAACUACGAGAAGCCAAUGUAUCAUCUUAAGCUCGUCGGAGGAGAAUCUGCAGUUCCAUUAGGCCAAGUUCUGCAAACAUAAAAAGUUAAUGAUCCCUGCGAUGUGGGCAUAUUAUGCGUGCUGAUUUUAGAGAUGUCAGAAGUUUAUUUACACCCAUCUUAAUGUGUACCAGCUAUUGUAAAAGGUUCAACAUGUCAUAAAAUCAUUCUUUCCAUUCUCUUUCCCCUCCCUUUUUUAGUUGGAGGGGUGUCAUACUUUGUUUUGUCAGGAGAGAAUGCUUGUCACACUUCCAUACCACAUACACACGCAGUCAUGGCUGCGAUUAAGGGUUCUAGUGACUCUCACUAGUUGUAUGACAGCAUAUUUAAUACUAGUUAACAUUGUAUGAUCCUAGUUGCCAGCUUAUAUUAGCA